AUGACCAGCAUGAACGGGACAAUGGAAACGCCAGUAGGGCAUACAGGAAAGCCUCUUCUCACGAAGGAGAGCAAGCCGGUGAAAAUUGCUAUUGUAGGUAUCGGCAACGUUGGCGCGACCACUGCCUAUGCAUUAUUAUUGAGCGGACUCGCCGCCGAUAUCGUCCUUAUAGACGUCAACGAAAAGAAAGCUCAAGGAGAAGCCAUGGACUUGAACCACGCUGUGCCGUUCUCACACCCGACAAAGAUAUGGGCUGGCCACUACUCAGACUGCGAGGGAGCUGCGAUCGUCAUCAUAGCAGCGGGUAUCAAUCAGAAACCUGGCCAAAGUCGCAUGGACUUGUUAAAACUCAACUUUGGCAUUUUCAAGUCCAUCAUUCCAGAGAUCGUUCGCUAUGCCAGCGAUAGCAUCCUCCUGAUCGCGACGAACCCAGUGGAUGUAUUGACCUAUGCCAGCUGGAAGUUGUCCGGUUUUCCAACGAAUCGGGUGAUCGGCUCCGGGACUGCUUUGGACACAGCGAGGUUUCGCUAUUUGCUCGGUCAGUACUAUGAGGUGGACCCACAGAGUGUACACGCCGACAUUAUUGGCGAGCAUGGAGAAACGGAGCUUCCGGUGUGGUCUCUUGCCAGCAUUGCAGGUAUGAGGUUGGAGGAUUACUGUCGUGAAGCUGGGAAGGAUUUCGAUUCCAAAGGGAUGUUGCAAUGCUUCCAUACCACCAAGAACGCGGCUCGCGAUAUCAUUCAACUGAAGGGUAUGACCGACUACGGCGUUGCGGCAGCACUGGUGCGUAUUGUUGAGACGAUUUUGAGAGACGAGAAUACGCUUCUGACAGUCUCGACCGUUGGGCCUCAUGCUGGGGUUGACGACGUGUGUCUCAGUAUACCUACCAAGGUAAAUCGUGGAGGAGCCAAUCAUGUGCUGAAGGUAAUGUUGAAUAGCGAGGAGCAAAAGGCUCUGUUGAAAUCAGCAGAAAGUGUGAAGGCAGCAAUGGACACGCUCAAUUUCGGAUAG